AAAGAAUUACAAGAAUUCAAAGAUGAAAAAGGAAAUGUACAACCAAGGGUAAAAUUGUGCUUUGACACACAACAUUAUUUUGCCGCAGGAGCUGGCAGAUUUAUAGAAGACUAUAAACAAGUCCUGGACAAAUAUGGAAAAGAAAUACAUCUCAUACAUAUUAAUAACGUUAUGAAAGAACGAAAAUUGACAAGGAAUGAUGGAUCGAUCCUAGUAAUGAAACCUACAAUAUUCAGAUCUGGACAAGAUAUACAUGCACCAUUGCAUGAUGGACAAUUACCCCAAGAAAUAUUUGAAAUGAUAAUGAAACAUUCAAAUGUUAAAGCAGCAAUUCUAGAAACACCUGCUAAAAUGGAACAACAAAAAGAUGACCAAAUAUCUGAAGUAUAUACACUCAGGAAGUAUGCUAAAGACCUUAUAUCUGAAGAUAAAGAAUUAUAUGCAUCAAUCGAAGAAAGAAUAGAUGCAAUGCUAAGAGAUCAAAUAUCUAACAAACAACCUGUAGAUAUAGAAAUGAUAGAUCUAACAGAACAUAUGCAACGAUUAACAAUACAAGAUCAUGAACAUUAUCAAGAUCCUAAAGAGGAGGAAUCUCAAAAAAGAAUACGAGAACAAAAAAGAGCAAAAACCUUACAUAUAACUAAUACUUUCUUAAAUAAAUAUCGAAAGGAAGAAACUCAAAAGAAAAAGAAGCAAUCACCACCGACUACACCUAAAAGUAUAACAUCAAUGUUAAAUAAAAAUGCAAAAGACAUAACGCAAUUAAAUCAAAAAGCUAAAGAAAAUAAAGAUACACAAUUUAUUCAAGAUCUGGAAGAUCUUAUGAAAGAAAUAACUGAUAUAGAAAAUCAAUACGAGUCGAUUCAAAGAAUGCCUCGUGAAACACUUGAAAAAGCUUACGAAAAUAUUAAAGGGAUACCUACAGUACCCGAACAAAUUAAACAAAUAAAUGAUAAUGAAACACCUAGAGAAAAACUAUAUGA